ACAUACAUAGCUGAGGGGACAGAGUCAGACAGACAAACGCAGAGAGUGAGAGAGAGAGAGUGAGUGAGAGAGAUGAGUUCAAGGGUAGUUUCUGAUAAGCCUCAUGCAGUCUGUAUACCAUUCCCGCACCAAAGUCACAUGAAAGCAUCCCUGAAACUAGCAAAGCUGCUUCACCACAAGGGCUUCCACAUAACAUUUGUUAACACAGAGUUCAACCACAAACAGUUUCUCAAAUCAAGAGGACCUGAUUUUUUAGAUGGCUUGCCCGACUUCCAAUUCCAAACCAUCCCAGAUGGCCUCCCACCAUCAGAUUCCGAUGUCAGUCACUGUCAAGACGGCGUUUCUCUUUGUCAGUCCCUUAGAUCGGGCAAUUUCUUGGUUCCCUUUCGGAGCCUCCUCGCCAAACUCAAUGACUCUGCAUCUUCAAACAUCCCUCCAGUGACUUGCGUUGUUUCAGAUGGUUUCUUCAGUACAUUCACCAUCACCGCUGCUGAAGAUCUUGGAAUCCCUGUCAUACUAUUCUGGACGGUCUCUGCUUGUGGUUUCAUGGGCUUUUAUCACUACCGCGCUCUCCUGGAGAAAGGUCUUGCACCGCUCAAAGACGAAAGCGAUCUAACGAAUGGGUACUUGGACACCUCUAUAGAUUGGAUUCAGGGGAUGAAAUAUAUUCGUCUGAAGGAUCUCCCGACCCUUUGCCGAAUUACAGAUGCAAAUGAUCCAGCGUUUAACUUAGCCAUGGAAGCAGCAGAGGGAUCUUCUAAAGCUUUAGCUAAUGUUAUUCAUACUUUUGAUGCGUUAGAGCAAGAUGUUUUGGAUGCACUCUCAUCUAUGUUUCCCCAUGUUUACACUAUUGGGCCCCUUCAGUUACUUCUGAAUAAUAGUAUAUCAGAAGAAAGUCAGUUGAAAUCUAUCGGAUACAGUUUAUGGAAAGAAGAACCCGAGUGUCUUCAAUGGCUCGACUCCAAGGAACCCGAAUCCGUGAUUUAUGUGAACUUUGGAAGCAUAGUGGUCAUGACACCUCGACAAUUGGUAGAGUUUAGCUGGGGACUCGCUAAUAGUAGACAUAGCUUCCUAUGGAUAAUAAGGCCUGAUCUGGUUGCCGGCGAUAAUGCAUUAAUUCUGCCGCCUGAAUUUGUGGCAGAAACUAAAGAAAGAGGUCUACUAGCAAGCUGGUGUCCACAAGAGCAAGUACUCAACCACCCCUCAGUUGGAGGGUUUUUAACACACAGUGGGUGGAAUUCGAUUCUCGAGAGUUUGUCAGCUGGAGUGCCAAUGAUUUGUUGGCCGGUUUUGGCAGAUCAGCAGACAAAUUGUAGAUACGCUAACAAACACUGGGGGAUUGGCAUGGAGAUUGAUAAUGAUGUUAAGAGAGAUGAAGUGGAGAGAUUGAUAAGAGAGAUAAUGGGUGGAGAACAGGGUAUGAAAAUGAAGAUGAAAGCUAGGGAGUGGAAGAAAAUGGCAGAAGAGGCCACCGGUCCAGAUGGGUCAUCCUCCAUGAACUUGGACAAAUUGGUGAAGCAACUAUCCGUAUCAAAAGUCUAGAAUUUUCAGUCCAAUUUUAUUUGGGGUGUGGGUAGAUUUGGGAAUCUGAUUCAAGAAUAUUGGCUAUUGACCCUUUAUGUUAAGCUAGUAUUAUUAUUUUUAUUACAAAUCAAUUUUACUUCUAGUGUCUAAUUCAAAAAACGGGGCUUUACAUUCCCAUUGCACUGUAAAGAAAAUUCCUUGUAAAAUUCACAAACC